CAUCUCCAUACAGGAGCAUUGGUUGGUUGGAAAGGAACUAAGGGAAAGGACUAGAUUUCAAGAAAUUAUUGGUGAAGCUGGUUCUUUUGACUUUUUGUUGGUUCUUUGUUUAAAUUUGGUGUUCAUUUAUUAAACAUGGUGUAGUUAUUUAACUAAUUUGUAUUUGCAUUAACAUGCAAACGUGAUUUUUGCUGUAUAGUGAUAUUCUCAGCUACAGUUUCCUAAAAGGAGGUGAAAGGCCAACAUAGAUUCAGGAAGCAAUUUAGAUUUCACCAAGGACAAUCUUUAAUGGUAGCAUGAGCGAGAUAGACUGCAAUAUGGAGGUGGAACCCCAGCUUCCAGUUUUCCCAGACUCAUCAAAACCUUGUGUCCAAGUAUGGAUGGACAAGUUCAACAAAGGCAUGUUAUCCUGCAACCAUUUCAAAGAGCACUGGCGUGUUUGGGUGCCAAGCAUCUUUAGUCCAGAACCCAACAACAGCUGUUUGGAUUGGAGCUUUGACGAAGAGCAAGCCCAGAAAGUUCUCUUUGAUACCUUAGAAGAAUUUAUAUGCAAUGGUGAUCCACAGACUGUUUUAAAAAAUCUUAGCCAGUUGGACAAUCCACCGUCAAUCUGUGGUCGGGUGUUCAAAAUGGGGGAACCUACGUAUUAUUGUAGAGAGUGUGGAAUGGAUGCUACUUGUGUUCUUUGUGUGGACUGUUUCAAAAAGUCUGUUCAUAGGAAUCACAAGUAUAAGAUGGGAACUUCAAGUGGAGGUGGAUGCUGUGAUUGUGGUGAUGUGGAAGCUUGGAAACAAGACCCAUACUGUGAUAUUCAUGCUGAGGGUCUUCAGAAGAGGCAAUCUUCCGGAGGUUCGUUGCCUGAUGAUGUUGCGGAACGAGCUCGUAUCACCUUUAGCACGGUACUACGUUAUGCUUAUCAGCUCCUCACAUUGGAAUAUUCUCCUGGAUUACCAGCAGAUUUACGUUUGAAAGAGGCUGAAGAAGAUCCUCUUAGUUUCCUGCACUCACCUGACAACUAUUGUACGGUUUUGUAUAACGAUGAAACCCAUACCUUUGAACAAGUCAUUACUACCUUGGCCAGAGUUAUUAAAUGCUCUCAAAGGGAUGCCAUUGAAUUUGUUACCAAUAUUGACAGAGAAGGCCGGGCAGUUGUCAAGUGCUCUACUUUUCAACAUUGUACUGAGCUCAAACAAGACAUUGAGCGGUUCACUUCAAGACAUGGUAACAGACCACUGAAAGUGUUGGUAGUUCAUGCUCAUGUCGUAGCUCAUCAGUUGUAUGCAAUGCGUCUUCUCACAUGGCUCCAAAAGAUUCUGAGCAACUGUGAAGGGUUCCGUGUCGUAUUCAGUGAGGUUGCAUUGCAAAUAAAAUCUCCAGAUACAUCUAUAGUCGAAGGAAUUUUGUUACGGGACUCAAAUUUGUGGAAGUCUGCACGCCUUCAUUGGCAUCGACUAUUUAUUUCAGGAAUGCUAAUGGAGUAUGAGAGUAAGAAAGCUUUUGCUAAAGUGUUUACCAAGAAUUAUGGAGCAGUGAUGAAAGAUUUCAUCAGGGAUGAUCACGACCACUCAUUUUCUGUAGCCUCUCUGGCAGUUCAAGUUUUUACUGUUCCAACUCUUGCCCAUUAUCUUAUUGCUCAUGAAGAUGUGUUGUUAACAUUAAUGAAUACGUUCAUUUCUGAGUGCUCCAGGAAGACAAACAAGUCAGGGAAAUUGGAAUUUGAAAGAAAUGCACCAAAUGGUGCAUUUAAAAGAGCUCAGUACAUCUUGUAUGACUUGAGAUACCUGUUGGGAGUUAUACCAGAUGAAUGGACCGAUGAACUUCGUAAAGGAAUCUUACAAGGAGUUACUUUGCUUCUGAACCUUUUAAAUAUUAUGCAAGGAAUGGACGCAGUAACAAGGCAAGUUGGUCAACACAUGGAGUAUGAACCUGAGUGGGAAUCAGCAUUCAAUUUGCACAUCAAACUUGCUCCUGUCAUCACUUUGAUCUUAAAAUGGUGUGGAUCUGAUAAAGUCGUCCUUAUCAAAGCUUAUCGAGCAACUCUCAAGAAACUUUAUGAGAACCCUAGCUUCAACCCCUCAGUUGUUGGGGAAGUACGUGAAUUGGCUGAUCACAGUGCCUCUUGCUUGCAAUAUGAUGUGUCCUCUCAACCUGUCUCAAUUCAUUUGCCACUUUCUAGAUUUCUUGCCGGUCUCCAUCUUCAUUUAGAGAAGUUUGGUUUAAAUUUUGAUUCUCCUGAAGUUCAGAUCAGCUCUAAGCAAUCUCCUGUCCAAAUCAUUGAACCAGUUCUGAGAACCCAAGUCAUGAUUUCCCAAGUUCAUGCUGGUAUGUGGCGCAGAAAUGGUUAUUCUUUACUCAAUCAGCUCUACUUCUAUCACAAUGUGAAGUGCAGAAGCGAAAUGUUGGACAAAGAUGUUGUUCUUUUGCAGAUUGGAGCUUCUUUGAUUGAAAGCAAUGAAUUUUUAAUUCACUUACUAAACAAGUACAAUCUUAUAAACUGGGCAAAUCCACAGUUUGAAUCCAACACACUGAAGAAUCCUGAAGAAGAUAGUAUGCGACAAACUAUAAGUCUGGUUGAAGAAUUUUUGGGUUUAUUAAUUACCUUAGUAGGAGAGCGAUACAAUCCUGGAGUGGGGAAAGUUACCCAAGAUGACUGUAUCAAAAAAGAAAUCAUCCAACAGCUUUGCAUCAAACCUUUGUCACAUUCUGAACUAAACAAAACUUUACCAGAUGAUGUUAAUCAUGAAACUGGGAUGGAAAAAGUAAUCAAUGACGUUGCAGUGUUCAAAAAACCUACUCAGGCAUCAGGCAAAGGAGUUUAUGAGUUGAAAUCCGAUUUAUAUGAUCAGUACAAUGUCUUUUUUUAUCAUUAUACACGUGAAGAGUUGUCCAAAUCUGAAGAAGAACAGCGUAAAAGAAGAAAGCAAGCAGGAGAACUUGAGUGCUGUCCCCCCCCUCCACUUCCACCCCUGUCAGAAUCUUUCAGCAUGAUGGCAAAUCUACUCCAGUGUGAUGUAAUGCUUCACAUAAUGCGAAUAGUGCUGGAAAGAAGCAUCAAUUUGAGAGCAAGAAGUUUCUCUGAAGCACAGCUCAACAAAGUGCUUCAUCUUAUAGGGUAUGCUCUUCAUGAACAAGAAAGACAGAACUGUCAGUUUUUCUUGUUUCCUGAACGAGCAGAGAAAUGGGAGUUAGAAUCCCUUAUGCAAAUGCUUUCAAAAAGUCCUAGGAUAGAAGUUCACAAAGAUUUAUUGACAUGGGUUCUCGCAAAGUUCAGAAAAGUUUCUGCUUCACGUAAUGCAGAUUCUCAGACUUCUCAGAAUGAGGCUGUUGUUGAACCCUCUGGCAGUCAUCAAGAUGAAACAGCUAAAGAGGAAAAGAAUUGGAGAGCAGCUAAAGCUGCAGAGAAAAGAGCAAAAAUAAUGGCCCAAAUGACAGCUAUGCAAAAAAGCUUCAUGAAAGAAAAUGCAAAGCUCUUUCAGGCUUAUUCUGACUCGGAGGAAAUGACUGGGUCAAAUAUGGAUUUGACAGAAAUUGUUGAUGAGUCUCCAGUCUGUCUAGGCCCAAAUCAAACAUCAAGAACAUGUCCAAAGAAGACAUACACUUGCAUUUUAUGUCAAGAGGAUCAGGCAGUAACAGCAGAUGGACCUGCUCUGGUGUUUGCCGCGUUUGUUCAAAAAUCAACAGUUCUAUGCCGAAACAGGAGUCAAAGUACUGAAGAAGAUGAUGAACAAGAUCCACUGUUUUUAACACACAAAUUAGGCCCUGCCCCUCACACCAGUACUUGUGGUCAUGUAAUGCAUAGUGCUUGUUGGCAGAGAUAUUUUGAUAAUGUUUUGGCUAAAGAAAAUCGCCGUCCUUACCGGCUGAGGCAACCUGCCAGCUUUGACGUUGAAAAAAAUGAAUUUCUCUGUCCGCUUUGUGAGUGCUUAAACAAUACAGUCCUACCUCUUAUUCCAGCUCUUGGUACCUUCCAACAAGGCAGUCAAAAUAUUGACAGUCUCAACCUUGAUGAGUGGCUAAGUAGCAUCAUGAUUGCUUUAAAACACAAGAAAAGGAUUCAGAAAUCAAAAGCAGCACAACAAAAUGUAACCAAGCCAGAAAAUUUAACUACUGCAAAGAAAACAUCAUUGAAAACUGAAGUUCCCUCUAGUUCAGACGAUACUCCAUCAACUUCUCUUAUAGCAUUAGCUACUCCUUCACCAUCUGUCGAUCCAGCAUCUACAGAGGAUGAAACUAACAUAUCCACUGAUCUCUCUACUUCUGAUGAAGAUCUUGAGUAUGAGGAUGAACCUGUUCCUACUACCAGAGAGAUAAGCAUUGCCGAAAGUGAUGUUGUGAUGCAGUUGUUGCUGUAUUCCCGUGCUGAUCAAAAUUGUGAGUCUACAGGAGAAGGAAAUGGCUCUGAAAAUAAAACUCCCACUCAGUUGUCUAAUGAUUUGUCGGAGAUGAUCAUAUUAUUCUCACAAGCUACAUUUACCAAAGGCUUGGGAACACAUCCCAAUCAGGAUGAUCAACGUGUUCCUCUAAUGGCAUGGAAGUCAUGUGCUUAUACAAUCCAUUCUCUUGAAUGGUUAACCAGAGAUAUUGGUAAGCCCGUGCUGGGUGACUUAUCGUGUAGACAGCAAGAUUGUUUGGAAGGUUUAAUUAGAAUUGCAGGUGUAUUGGGAUCCACUUGGAAGCAGGAACAAGUUAUCAAUGGUCAUGCCUUCCGUUUAUUGUCAUUGAUAUUAGAGAAUCCAUCAGAUGGUCCUUCACUACUUGAUUGGGACAGCUUCGGUGUCCUAGUACCACUUACCAUUUCUAUUCCCAGUCUGUUCUAUACCGAACAACCGAUCCCAAUACCGAUGGGCACAACACUGGAAUUACACACUCUUCACCUUAUGUUUAUCUCAAAUAUGGCCCAAAUAAUAUUGACCAGUGAUUUGCAACGUGAUGGGAUACCAAUGGAACAAGAAGAGACAGAUGAACCUGAAACAGAGUGUCUUCGUGAGGUCAUUAAAAUCUUAAGAGGUAAUAUCGAGGUCAGUACGUCUGCAGUUUGGAGAAUAGUACAAGAGAACUCUGUACCAUUCUUGCGUUGUUGUGUCCUGUUCUACCAUUAUCUAACUGGAGUUCCUGCACCUACAGUUCUAACCGAAGUUGGGGGUGAUACAUUUGUCAAUAUGUGUUCGUACCUCGGACUCUCAUCUUCAUGUAAAGAACUGUUGUCACCUACCAAUGUGUGUACUUUAAUAAAAAAGUGGGCCAGCCAUGAGAAAGUGAAAAUGUGGUUGAAACAGUCUCCAAUGGUGUACAGAGAUCCCUUGGCCAUCAACAAGCUAGUCAGUUUGCCUGACGACUAUAGUGAGCUGAUCAACACUGUGAGCCUCUUCACUUGUCCGAACAGUGAUCGUGAGGACUCUCGUAACCCGACAAUGUGCCUCAUCUGCGGUGAAAUGUUGUGUUCUCAGAGUUACUGUUGUCAAACAGAGCUGAACAAGAUUUUGGUUGGGGCCUGCACGUUUCAUGCCCAUGAGUGCGGGGCUGGGGCUUGCAUGUUCCUGCGAGUAAGAGAGUGUGAGAUCUUGCUGCUGGCCAGUCCCAAUAGAGGCUGCUUCAUGAUUCCUCCUUACCUCGAUGACUAUGGAGAAACAGAUCAAGGUCUGCGGAGAGGCAAUCCUCUGCGACUGUGUCGAGAACGUUACCGCAAACUGCAGCUGCUGUGGCUCGGCCACGGUAUACACGAGGACAUUGCUCGCGCCAUUGAGUCCAGCAACAGUCUGGUAGCCACCUCGUGGCAGCACCUCUAGUUAUAUUAUCUUUUAUUUACAAGACUUUUAAUGCUGUAUUAUUAUGUAUUUUUACAGAUUUUUAAUAUUUCUGAAAUUUUAUUCUUUUUUUUAGGAAAACAAUGGAAAAUAAGCAAUUGUGUUUCAAUUUAUGCGUUUAUUUUUUUAUAUCUUAUUCUAUAUAAUAACUUUGAUCUUAAGUGGAUAUGUUUAUCGCAUGGUAUUGAUUCAACAAUUUUAUAGCUUGGGAAUUAUGUACUGUUCAACAUAUUUAGGAAUGUGUCAGUGUAUCUAAUUUACCCAUUUAUGAGCCAUUUCUUGUUACUUUAUAUUACUUUUAAUUAGUUCAACAAAACUCAUAGUGGCUGGUUACUUACAAAGUGCAAUUGAAAAAUAUUACUUUUGCUGCUAUAACAAUUCCAAGUAAUGUUUUGCCAGAAAUACUGUUGAUGUAACCCUUCUAUAAGUAGAUAUAAAUCAUCAACACUUUCUACUUUUCAUUAAAUAUUUUAUUUUUGGAUUUAUUAAUUUUAAUGAACAAAACUACAUAAAUAGUAAACAUUGUAAUUUUAUUCAUUGGCUGAACAUAACUUCAUUUUUUCAGUUGGUGUCAAUAUGUAGAUGAUAGGACAUUAAUUCCAGUGAUUAUACACAGCAACUACUCCUUUGUAAAAAUAUCACAUUCCUUAUGACUAUUCAGACAAGAGUAGUAUACAUUUCAAGUUCAGUAUGUAGGCUUUUCAACUUACGUGAAUAAAAAGGAUAAGAGGGAUUACCAAAAAGUACCUUACAAUGAGGCAAAGUGGGUUUAUGUGUUUAUUUCCGUUACUAGAAAUAACUUUUGUAGGUUGACAUUAUAUUUGAUUACAUUAAAGAUACAAAAUGUGAAUAUUACCAUCUGCGUAGUAAAUUAAUUUAAAGUUAAAAAAUUACUUUAUGUUAAAUUAAAUUGAAAUCGUCUUAAUUUACAGAAUUUGAUGACAAUAUCAAAUAAGCAAAACACAAAAAAAUAUUAUUAUUUUAUAAUAAGAAUAACGUUAUAAUUACCUAAUCUAAAUAUACAAACUGUACUUGGAAAAAUGUAUCAUCUAUAGUGUAUCUCCAUAAACUGCUAAAUGAAAGAAAUAUUUGUUAAAACGUUUGUAUAUAAUUUUAAAUUGUUUGUUUUAACAAAUAAUUCUUACUCUAAUUUGUUAAGUUCUCUGAUAUAAAUGUGUUCAGGACAGACCUAUUACUGUUCUUAAAUCUACAUGGGAGGUGUUGUAAUCUAUUUAUGUAGAAUUAUACCUGAUACUAUCCACACACGGGUAUCAUGCAUGUAUAAUCUACAUUUUCCACUAUCAACUUUGAAUUUCUAGCCUAUGAUAGUCAGUAUUCCAUUCUUGUGGCAUGCCAAUGAAAUGAAAAAAACUCAAGUUAGAUAAAAUAAUUCAGUUUUAUGUAAGCAUUUUAGAACUUAACUGUUCACUAAGGUGUUCUCGGCCCGUCAUCUAUACUGUACUCUUAUAAAACGUGUUCACCUAUCUAGCAAGCUUGCACGGAGAGCCUGUCAGGGUUAGUGAUCAAUAAUUAGUGAUUGAUCAACAAUCAAACAUGCUUCAAAUUUGAUCAUGUCUUUUAACAAUCAAACACGCUUAAAAUUUGGCCAAAGUGAUUACAAAGUUGUGAAAAGUCUCAAUGAACUUGUAACUGUAAGUGGCUGAAAUCUUCAUACUGUUAAUUUUCACUUAUAUUUAUCAGUAUAUUUAUUAAAAAAAUUUUUUAUGUCACAAUUGCACCAGAAGUGCUGACCAUUCCUUAGUGUUGUGGAUCGUUGUUAUCAAGAUGGGUCUAUGUAUUUGUUUGUUAAAGCAAAACUAUCACUUUAAUAGUUUUUGUAAAUGUGUGAUAAAAUCCUGGCUAAUACAGCAUUUUUCUAUAAUCUGUACUUAUUAAAUCUAUGACCCAGUAAUUGUAAUUUGGAAAAUUAUUGAAGAUUCAAAGCUAAUUUAACCAUGUGUUAAGUAUUCAAUUUUUUGAUCUUGUUUAGAUGUAUGACUAUUUAUUCAAACUAACACAAUAGUCGUGUCAACUUGCGUGUGGUAGAUUUCAUGAAAACCAUUAAAAUUGUUGGUUUUUUUUUAAAAUUUCACUGUGAAUUUUUUGUUAACUAAUGUUUGUUACUAUUGAUAGAUUGUCCAUCUGUGAGAGGAUAUGUUCAGCAUUAGCUUUUACUAUUCGUAACAUUGUUAUGUAAAUACAUAGAUUAUGCAUCAGUGAGGUUGUUAUAAGUUAAGGCAUAGUAUGAUUUAUUUUGCACAAUAAAUAACAUUAUUUUGGUAACCUAGAAGAGCAAAUAAUUCCAGUUUAAAUAUUACAUUAUUUUUAGUUGGUUAAAAACAAAACAAAUCUACUAUGCUAUGAUAUUGAAAAUUUUAUCUCUAUGGAUGUGUGAUAUUUUAGUUUUAAAUCGUAAGAGUUAGGUAUAUUGUUUAUUUUGUUUGUAAUUAACUAAAUACUGAACAAUAAAGAUUAUUUGCACAUA